ACGGCGUUGUUCCAUGUCCAGCAAAGCCAGGUGCCGAUGUUGUUGAGUGUCCAGGGCAGUCUGAGUCUCCGACGAAUGUUGGAGCAGACGUUAACAAAUAUGCCUAAGCUUAGUGCCUAGAUCUACUCCAAAUCCAAACUGUGCCCCUAGUUAAGUUAGACAAGAUAUAUGAUAUACUUCUCUGGUUAGUACUAAUGACAUGAUGAAUACAUCGUCGGAUGUUACUGUGUUUGGGGUUUCCCUCGACUGGUAACACAGAGUACGCAAAACCCAUGUUGAUGUUGAUGUUGCUCCACACAGCCUGCCAGGGACACUCAACAGACAAAACGUUUCUGAUUGGCUGACGAAUCAGUGUACAUAACCAAUAGACGUUUUGCAUACUUCCCCUCCGCGCUCUUUGAUCCAGGUCAUUUGCCGCAGGUCCAAAGGUCAAACGGUUAAACUUUUCCCAGCAACAACACUGGAACACUACGGAGUUUAGCUGCGAUAACGUAGCUCUGGACGACGGACGGACAAUUUCUGAAAGAUGGUCGUCGUCAGAGCUACGAUUCCCUCCCAUUGCUCGUAAUGUAGCAAAACGGUUAAACCUCGAAAAUGCUACAAAUAGCGGAUAUUGUUUAAUUUUGGAGUAAUAGUAAUAAGUAGAAAAUCUAGUAAUAGUAAAUAAGGGAUUUCCGCCGUGACGUCACGAAAAGUCACGUGACACGACUGGUUGGCAAAAGUGGUUGUUUACAAAAUGGCUUCCCAUUGAUUGAAAAGAACGGCGUUUCAUCCGAAUUAAGAUGGUUGUCUCGUGUUGUGUGAUUAACUGUGCAAACAGAUUUGACAAAGCAGACCCUAAGAGUUUUUAUAGAAUACCUAAGAAGCCUGAUCAGCGCAGGGAACUGUGGAUUAAAGCAAUCAAGCGAGUGACCAACGACGGUCAACCCUGGAUCCCCUCUGACCAUGAUCGAGUUUGCUAUCUGCAUUUCAUUCAGGGUGAGAAGAGCAGUGACAAACACAGUCCUGAUUAUGUCCCUUCUGUGAACAUGGGUUAUAAAGUUUCUCAAGUGAGAGGAGAUCUCCGCUUUGCCAGACACAAAAGGGUUGAUAAUAGGACAGCUGAGAAGGAGAAGCGAGAUGUAGCUGCUGCUCUGUUAGAUUUGUCAAACAAAGAAAAUGCACCUGAACCUGAAGAACCUCAGCCAUAUGUUGACUGCCAUGAGACAUGUAUAAAGAAAAUAGCAGAUCUUCGCAUCGAAAAUCAGCAACUUCAUGGUGAACUUGCUAGGCUUCAAGCUGAAAAUGAAGAGCUGCUAAAGAGAACUUCCACUAUGGAUUUUGCAGACCAAGUGCUAAUGACAGACCGGAAAACUUCAUUUUACACUGGGACAUCUUCAGCUGUGUUUAUGUGGUUACUCUCAUUCUGUUCUUGUAUUCUGCCCACAUGUAAAGUUUUGACUCCAAAGAGCAUACAGUCAAAUCUGUCUAUAGCGACCGCCCAAGGGGAGGCAGAAAAACGGUCACUAUAGACAGGUUGCCUUUAUAGACAGGUCAAAAUUAUUGCACCAACCAAUUUACUUAAACC